AUGAGUUGGUCAAGGAACAAUCGUCAAUUGUCUUGGGCGGACUGGUCUUUCUCCGAUGUAGAUGCCACUCUAACUCACAAUACGCUUGGAUCUACCAGCAAACCUGCAUCGCACCUUCAGAAUGAGCUACAUCAGAAAUCAGAUACCGACCAUGAGCCUAGCAUAUCUACAACCAUCACAGAAUCUCAGUCAGCGGUAAAGGAACGGAGCUUGCGCCACAGCUUCAUAUCGUGGGCCCCCGAAAUAGUAUGGUGUUUCUCGGCCAUAGUAGUGUUCAUCGCCCUGGUUAUUCUACUACAGUUCUUUGACCAUCAGCUGAGACCAGACUUACCGCUGGGUUUGACGCUCAACACACUGGUCGCACUUCUGGCCACAGCUUGCCGCUUCAUGACCGCAGUGCCUAUAGAGGAAGGCAUCUCCCAGCUUAAGUGGAAUUGGAUGGCCGCUCGCCAAAGGCCUCUCCAUGAUCUAUAUAAGUUUGAUCAAGCCAGCAGAGGACCCAUAGGAUCCAUGCGACUGAUCCCAAUUAUGCGCGGAAAAUUUAUCCCAGUCGUUUCGACAGCCUUGAUUGUUAUUCUAUCUAGCUUAUUGACCUCCUUUGCAACACAAUCUGCCAUUUCAUAUCAGGAUUUCCGCAGGCAGACAACAUCCGGAAAUUCAGACCCCCAAGCUCCAGUAGCCCUUCACUACGAUGUAGCAGACUCUGAGAGAAAUCAAAACCGUUUAGAUCACAACAGAAGAGCGAGCGAGAUGGCACGGGCUGGGUAUCAGGGCCUGCUUCAAUCGGUGCAAACAGAAUGGCCCCAGGUACAACUUCAGUGCCCAUCUCAGUUUUGCGAAUGGCCAUCAUUCAACUCCUUGGCCGUAUGUAGAACCAUUAACAACGUUACCGACAAACUCCAGUUGAAGAGCGGGUCCGAAACUACGCGCCAAGGUAGCAGAGCACAGUACUAUGCUUCGCUGCCGGGAAAAGAUAGUGCCUUGAACGUCUUUGAGCUGGAUUCCUUCGGCUUGAACAUGACCUCACCGGAAGAUAGGGCGUACGAGAAAGGCCAGACAGAGAAGUGGACUUCAUUUGCCCUCUCCGAUGAAGAUGCCGUUCUCCGGACUGCGUUCACCCGGUUCUACAUACAUUACACCAACUUUGCUUCUUCCACAAUCCCUGCUAGCUUCCGUGCCACCGAAGUUUUUUGGCACUUUUGCGUCAACACCUACAACGUUGAUGUUACAAACGCGACUUCAGACACACGGAUCAGUACCACGGCGACAAGAGUCCACGAGGUGUAUGGUGAUCCUCAGCCAAGUCACUAUAGCUCGUUUUCCAUGGAGAGCGAGGACGGGAAACAACUAUUCAACGUCUCCGACCGCUUGAGGUAUCGCCUAAAGCAACAGAUCAAAUACGACUUACAGGGCACAAGUAAUUCUGUACAUGGUGACGAAUCUGUGCUUCCUGCGGUUGUAUUGGCGAAUCUGUACUAUGGCUACCAAGUAUCCUCUUCAGAGAGAAAGUCCGCUGGUGAAAAUCUAUCUGAAGAAGAGCUUGACAGGGAACUAUGGAGCAACACCGAGAAGCUCACCCAAUCACUCGCAGAUGCAAUGACGACUCAUCUUCGGGCCACGGAUAAGAGCGGAACAGUUCGUGGAUCGGCUUUUGAGAUGCAAACCUACAUCGUCGUCCGGUGGGAAUGGCUCUCCUUCCUGGCAGCUCAGAUACUUUUGACGAUCGUGUUUCAGAUCACGGUUAUUUUCCAGACAGCUAGAAUGAGUGUUGGAAUUGUCAAGAGUUCCAAUAUGGCAGAGCUCUUCGCUUUCUAUGGUGACGACGACGAUAGCUCGUCCCAAAAAUGGGCCUUAGCCGCGGCUGGUCUCAGGGCGAGAGGCACUGGCACGAAGAUUAACAACAGUGUAGAGGCGAGAUUAGUUCCGGGAAGCCACGGUUGGAACCUUCAAAUAAAAUGA